GUUAUUUUUCUCUUUCUCUCUCUCUUUCUCUCUUUACUUCAUUCCACUCCUUAAGAUGAACUGCCAUUGCCAAUCAGAUGAGACUAUCCUUUCCCUAAGACAAGAACUGUCAGCCAAGAAUGCGCAGCUUGAACGACUCAAACUAGACUUGGAAACACUCAACCAAAAAUAUGUAGCAGAAAUUGAACGUGUAGGCAACAUUCAACAUGAAAAAGACAUGGUCGAACACGAACUAGAAGAAUUAUCUCGAAAACUAUUUGAAGAAGCCAAUUCUAUGGUGGCUGUCGAAAAAAAGGCCCGUUGGCAAAUCGAGAACGAACUUCAACAGACAAAAGAACAAUUGUUGGCUGAACAGGCUCAACUGCACGAAUUGAGACUUCGACUGACUUCGGCUAAUGAUACCACUACCUUAUUAGACUCAAACACAAGCAUGAUCAUGAAGAGUCGGUUAAAAGAAAUGGAAGGACUUAAACGAGCCAGUGCGAAUCAUAUCAUGAAAUACACUAAACAACAACAAUCUCAGCGUACCAUAUCUAUGCCACCUACACCUUCUACUUCUCAUACAAAACCCUCUACCAUUGAUGAAUUUCAACUUGAAUCGUUCCGUGAAUAUACAUUGGCAUCACAGAAACAAUUGCCAGCUAAAAAACUAAACCAGACUACGUUUAUGAAGCAUUGCUUAAACGAAGAUAUCGAACCUUGUUUGCGAUUCGGUCCUCAAUCCAAAUUGUCGAUCAAGAAAAUGAUUGACUUCUUAUCAAGACAACCUUGUUUUAUUGAACAUCAUACGGCUACUGCUGUUCAGUCCAUUAAGCCCUUAUGGGGACUGAAUAAAUCAAUUCUGGUGUCCAAUGCCUGUUCAGCCUGUGGUCGAUCUGCUGAAUCUGUCGUCUUAAACUAUCGAUUUCGACUAGAUGAGAAUGAUACAUGGUUACCUAUUGACCAAUACUGUCGUGAUAGGCUGGUAGCUGUUUGUGAAUUCUUUGUGUUUAUUCGUAAUGUUCAAAUGAAUCUCUAUCAAGACAGAUCCAUUGAAGACUUGUAUACUGAAAACAUUCGACUUCGACUCCAAAUGUUUUAUUCUCGGUGAGUUAUAUGACCAAUCUAUAUACAUGUACUCAUUCGUUUUUAGUAUGGGCGCAUUGCCUGUCGUCAUGGAUGAUUUAGGCAUGCAGACACAACCUACAGCCAUUGAAGAAGAAGCAUGUUUAUCUGAUUCUGAUUCUGAUAAUUAUCCUCAUACUCCUGAACCUAAUCAUUCUACUCCAUCUAUCAAAGACGCUGGUUUCGUCAAACGAUAAAAUACCCCUCCCCCUUCAUAUAUAUAUAUAUAUAUUUUAUUUAUAAAUCAAUCUUUUCUCCUAUGCGUAACAUGACUUGAAGCCAACGUUCAUCAUACAU